AUGCUACAAAUAUCCCUGAGGAGCAGUAGCUCUGCGGGUCACAUUGAAGCUGAAGUGUGGCUUUCUUCUCAAAGGUCAAGAGACAAGAACUUUACUGCAGACAUGAGUCAAGUGUUGGACAUUGAGCGCUGCGAUCUGGACAUUAAGAACAACAGCAGCAGCCACCACACAGACCGAUGUGCAGAGGAGCGUUUGAUUGUCAGGAGGGGACAGCCCUUCAACGUUAUACUACAUCUGAAACCCGGGAGCAAAGAGUUCAAACCGGAUGAAACAAACUUCACACUCAUAGUUGAAACCGGUCCGUUACCGAGAAAAGAAUCAGACACCAAGGCUUCCUUUGGUCUCAGCAAGUCUAUAGUAGACACUGAGUGGAGUGCAUCUGCCUCUAAUGAUCCCUCUGGAAACAGAGUGUCUGUAUCCAUCUGUUCCUCACCCAAUGCCCCUAUAGGGGUGUAUUCCCUAACUCUGGACCAAGAGGGCCAGAAGACCAGUUUAGGAAAGUUCACCCUGCUUUUUAACACUUGGUGUCACAGAGAUGCUGUUUACAUGCGCAGUGAGACAAAGAGGCAGGAGUAUGUUUUAGAACAGCAUGGGCAAGUCUACAGAGGAACACAUAAACGAAUCAAAGGGAAACCCUGGAACUUUGGACAGUUUGAAUCAGGGAUCCUGGACAUCUGUCUGAAGAUUCUUGACGACAACCCAAAAUUUGUGUCUGAUGCUGACAAGGACUGCUUUGCCAGGAGAAAUCCCAUCUACGUGACCAGGGUGCUGAGUGCCAUGAUCAACAGUAAUGAUGACAGAGGGGUGCUGGUUGGAGAGUGGGAAGAGUUUUCUGGCGGGGUUCAUCCAGGAACGUGGACUGGCAGUGGGGAAAUUUUGCGGAAGUGGGCAGAAAGUGGCCCGGUCCGCUACGGCCAAUGUUGGGUGUUUGCUGCUAUUGCAUGCACAGUGUCCCGUGCCCUGGGAAUCCCAUGUCGAGUGGUUACUAACUUUGGAUCCGCUCAUGAUUCGGAUGCCAACCUGGUGAUUGAAAACCUUUAUGAUGAAAACGGAGAAAGGAUUUCUGGAGGUGAUUCGGUUUGGAACUUCCAUGUUUGGGUGGACAGCUGGAUGACUCGUCCUGAUUUGGGAACAGAGUUUGAUGGGUGGCAAACCAGUGACCCAACCCCGCAGGAGACAAGUGAUGGUGUUUUCUGUUGCGGGCCGGCUUCUCUGAGGGCCAUAAAGGAGGGAGAGAUGACCAAGAAGUAUGAUGCACCGUUCAUUUUUGCUGAGGUUAAUGCAGAUGUUGUGGAAUUGGUGCAACUGUCAACUGGGGAGUUUGUCCAGUUCAGUGGAUCAACUAAGUCUGUUGGAAAAUUCAUCAGCACCAAGGCUGUGGGCUCAGAUGAGCGACAUGACAUCACACACCAGUAUAAGUAUCCAGAAGGCUCAGUGGAUGAGAGGAGAGUGUAUGAGAAGGCUCAACACCACAACAAGUUACAGCAGAGAGGAGAAGAGCCAGGGCUCCGUCUUAAGAUCAAACUGGCGGAUAACAUGAUCGUGGGUUCAGACUUCGAGGUGAACGCUGUCCUUACUAACAACUGCAUGGAUACCAGGACGUGCACCUUCCUGUUCUUUGCACGAGCUGUCGGCUACAACGGACGACAAGGCGAGAGCUGUGGAUUUGUUUCAGACAAAGUGGAGGUGCCCUCUGGAGAAGAGAAACGUCUGUCCCUCAAACUGAAGUAUGACAGUUAUGGGUCAGUAAUCACCUCCGACAGGUUGAUCCAGCUGUCAGCCAUCACCAUCGACAAGAAGACCAUCAAUUACAAUAAGGCUGAGAAAACCAUUGUCCUAGAUGAGCCAGAGAUACAGAUCAAGCUGGUGGGAGAUGUCAAACUGAACCAGUCUGCGACAGCUGAGCUGAGCUUGUUGAACCCUUUACCGGAGACUCUGCAGGACUGCAGCUUUACUGUGGAGGGGGUUGGCCUCACUGACGGCAAACCAAUAACAAAGAAAAUUGGAGCUGUGAGCAUCAAACAGGAAGCCAAGGCCAGCAUUGAGUUUAAACCCACCACUGCUGGCUCCAGCGUGCUGCUGGUAAACUUUGAUAGCAUCAAACUGCACAACAUCAAGAGCUCCAUCAAUGUUGUGGUGAAGGAAUAAGCCAUUAAAUAACUCUUCAUUAACAGUUACUACUACAGUUAUUUUGUUGAUUAACUGAACCACAGGUGUGAUUAGAGACUUGAGGAUUUAUUUUUAAAUGCAUUUAGAUUUCUAUUCAAUAUUAAUAUAUUUUACUAGAACAUCAUGUACUAUUUCACUAUUUACAGUUAAGUAUUUUCAUAAUUAAUGAAACAUGUUUACUAAGCAGAAUGUGCAGUCUAUGAAUUACAGUAAGGCCUAUUGUUGCUCUGUGCAAAGCUACAAUAAGCCCCACAAUUUAAAUCAAUAACAUAAUAUAUUUGUAUGAUCUUAUUAAUUACUUGAAUGAUCACAGAACAGUAGAUUUGUUAUGGAAGCAUUGGUUUCUUUUUGUUGGAGACUUUUCUUUAUUUGUGAUCAAAACAAAUUAUUUCCUAACAAAAAAAAUAAAAUGUUUUAAUGAAAA